AUGAUGAAUUACUGUGGUCAGCCGCAGCAGCGGGAUAUGCCCAGGGGAGCGGGCCCUUGGCUCCUUGAUCAGCCUGGAUCUCUCCAGCAGGCUGACCAGCCUGCUGCAUUUGCAGACACUGCUGCUGCUGAUGUGGCCAUUGAUGCUGCAUUCUCCAAUUCCAACAGAGACAUCACAAAUAACAAAGAGGACAUGUCCAGUCCCUGGCCUGACAGAGGCAUCUACACUGAGCGCUGCUACACCGGUCUCCGCUGCCAGCCACGGCCCACAGAGCAGUACCCGCCGAAAGCACUGCUCAAUGGCCUUGGAUUCUGCGCCAGCGCCAGCGCCACCGCCACCGGCAGCCUGAACGCCUACCUGCCCUCCCAACCGGCUCCCGGAAACAUCAGUGAGUCUGAGGAGGACCACAGUGCUGGUGUGGAAAGCCAGGUUGUCCCCAGCACACACCGAGUGACCGAUUCCAAGUUCCAUUCACUCCAUGCAAAGAUGGAUGUCAUCAAAAAAGGCCCCGCCAGGGACAGCCAGCGUUACAAAGUUGACUACGAGUCACAGAGCACAGACACCCAAAACUUCUCUGAGUCUAAGCGGGAGACAGAAUACAGUCUCUGCCACAGAGAAAUGGAAGACACACUAAAUCAUCUGAAGUUCCUCAAGGUUUUGAGUCCCAGAGGUAUCCACAUCCCAAACUGUGACAAGAAGGGGUUCUAUAAGAAGAAGCAGUGCCGCCCAUCCAAAGGCAGAAAAAAGUGGGUCUUCUGCUGGUGUGUGGACAAGUACGGACAGCCCUUGCCUGGCUAUGACACCAAGGGGGAAGAUGAUGUACACUGCCUCAGUGUGCAGAGCCAGUAGAUGCCAAUGUGCCACUUGACGUGGAGCUCAAAUACGCCUUAUUUUGCACAAAAGACUGCCAACAUCAGCAGCAGCUGGCUACAGCCUUGACUUAUAUUUCCUUUUUUUUGUGGUGAACUGAUUAAAAACAAAA